AUGACGCUGCCAUGGAAACAGCUUCUCCUCUUAUCAAUCAUCGACUGUCUGACAGAUUGUUUGGACAGUGGAUCAUACCAUGGUCCACGGUGGAGGAUGGAGCCAGGUGACUUGUUCAUCCCUGUCGACUCCAUAGAAGAAGAAGCCACUCUUACCUGUGACUCUAAAGGAAUGCCGUCCCCUCAGUACAGAUGGUCACUGAAUGGGACUGUCAUAAAUCUGGGCUUGGAUCGUCGGCGGCGUCUGUCUGGGGGCAACCUCAUUAUAAGCAGUCUGGACCGCGACCAAGACGCAGGGAUGUACCAGUGUAUGGCCUACAACACUGUAGGAGCGAUCCUCAGCAGGAGAGCCAGCCUGCAGUUUGCCUAUUUAGAUCAUUUCAAAGUUCACACCAGAAGCGCUGUGUCUGUCCGAGAAGGACAAGGAGUGGUGUUACUGUGUGGGACGCCUACGUCCUCCGGAGACCUUACUUAUGCUUGGGUCUUCAAUGAAUACCCGUACUUUGUUCAGCAAGACAAUCGGCGUUUCGUCUCCCAGCAGACGGGAAACCUUUACAUUGCCAAAGUGGAGCCUUCGGAUGUGGGUAACUACACCUGCGUGGUGAUGAACAGCAUCACGAAGGGCAAGGUUCAAAGCUCGCCGACCUCUCUGAACCUCAGGACAGACGGUGUGAUGGGUGAAUAUGAGCCGAAAAUAGAAGUUCAUUUCCCUGACAAUGUACCUGCCGCAAAAGGAUCAACAGUUACACUCGAGUGUUUCGCCCUCGGGAACCCCGUCCCAGAAAUCACCUGGAGGAGAGCUAAUGGAGUCCCCUUCCCCAGCAAAGUCAAAAUGAAGUACUCCAAUGCUGUGAUGGAGAUCCCCAGCUUCCAGCAGGAUGACACGGGAGGGUACGAGUGCGUGGCUGAAAACAAGAUGGGCAAGAACACAGCAGCUGGCCGACUGGCUUUCUAUGCUAAGCCUCAGUGGAUUCAGACCAUGAAGGACACCACCCUAGCUAUAGAGGAGAGACUGUACUGGGAAUGCAGAGCCAAUGGCAAGCCCAAACCCUCCUACACUUGGCUGAAGAACGGCCAGCAGCUCCUCUCAGAGGACAGGAUCCGUAUAGAAGACGGGGUCCUAUCGGUGUCGGUGCUGACUCUCUCCGAUGCCGGCAUGUACCAGUGUGUGGCUGAGAAUAAACACGGCAUCAUAUAUUUUGCUGCUGAGCUAAUGGUUUUAGCCUCUCCUCCGGACUUCACGGGAAACGUUCUCCGAGCUCUGCUCAAAGCCAAGGCAGGAACAACCGUGAUGUUAGACUGCAAACCCAAAGCCUACCCUGUAGCCAGCAUCUUAUGGAAGAAAGGAAACCUGCCGAUCCACACCACUGAAAGGAUCACACUUUCCCCGGAUGGAACGCUGAAGCUCGCGAACGUGAGCAAGUCUGACGCGGGCAGCUACACAUGCUUCGCUAGGAAUAGAUUUGGCAUGUCAAGCACAACUGGAAGGCUCCUGGUUACGGAUCCAACCAGAAUCAUCCAGGGGCCGGUAGACAUGGAGAUCAUUGUGGGUGAGAGCAUUGUAUUACCCUGCCAGGUCACCAGUGACCCUGUCCUUGAUGUUUCUUACUCCUGGGCCUUCAAUGGACAGCUGAUUGCCAAGGGAGACGGUCACUUUGAGCUCGUGGGCAGGAGAACAGCAGGAGAUCUGAUGAUCAGGAACAUUCAGCUUUACCAUUCGGGCAAAUAUAUCUGCGUGGUAGACACGGACGUGGAGAGCUUGUCAGCCGUGGCUGUAUUGAUUGUGAAAGGCCCCCCCAGCCCUCCAGACUCGGUGACGGUGGAGGAGGUGACAGACAGCACAGCCCAGCUGGCAUGGAGCCGCGGCAGAGACAACGGCAGCCCCAUCACCAAUUACCUUAUUCAGACCAGAACUCCCUUCACUGUGGGUUGGCAGAGGGUUAACACAGUUCCAGAGAUCAUCAAUGGGAACACUUUGACAGCCACCGUGGUCGAUCUCCAUGCCUGGGUGGAGUACGAGUUCCGGGUACUGGCCAAGAACAGCGUUGGGGUUGGAGAACCAAGUCCUGUGUCUGUCAAGACGAGAACAGAAGAUGCAGUUCCAGACGCAGCACCUGGUGAUGUGGGUGGAGGAGGUGGAAGUAGAGCGGAACUGGUCAUCACCUGGGAGCCUGUACCUGAAGAACUGCAGAAUGGUGAGAGCUUUGGGUACAUCAUCGCUUUCCGAGCCUUCGGAGAAGUCACCUGGACUCACGUGGCCACCUCUGCGCCCGGUGCAUCCCGCUAUGUGUACCGCAACGACAGCAUCGCACCCUUUUCUCCAUUUCAUGUCAAGGUUGGCACUUACAACAGCAAAGGACAGGGUCCUUUCAGCCCGGUGGUCACCAUCUACUCUGCAGAGACAGAGCCAAGUGGAAUGCCAGCGGGAGUUUGGGCCAGAAGUGUCUCAGCCUCUGAGAUUGAGGUGAAUUGGCAGGCUCUCUCCAUCACCCCUGAAAGGGUUCUGGGCUUUGAGGUGGUUUACUGGGAAGAUGACACUAAACCAGAAACCAUGGGGAAGGUGAGGGUGCCUUGGAACCAGACCUCCGUCACGGUGAGCGGCUUGGCGGGAAACACGCAAUUUUUCCUGACGGUCAGCGCCUUCAACACGGCGGGCACCGGCCCAUUCCUGCCUGCAAUCAACGUAACAACAAAAAAGCCACCACCGGCCCAGCCCCCCCUGAAUGUUGAAUGGACACUAAUUGGCUCUCAGCUGUCGCUUUACUGGGAGCCUGUGGUGGCAAUGGAAUCCGAAUCAGAGGUUACAGGCUAUCAACUCUCCUACAGGAGACAGGGGCACCAAGAAGUAAACACGCUCACGACGGCCAACUCAACAGCAGAGCUGACCCUCCCAGAAGGCAGCGACGACUACAUCAUCCGCAUUCGGACGACAAGCGAAGGAGGACUGGGUCCAGGCUCAGAUCCCAUACGAAUACACAAACUAAGCAUGAGUGCCCGUGGCUCCAGAGCAGUGAGAGUGGACAUGCCCCCCCUCGCCAUGUUCCUCGUCUUCUCAAUAUCUACAUUCAGGUCAACGUUGUGACGAAACCCAACUCUGCCCUAUUUGCCGACAUUCAGUGUUCUCUUUGUUUCUUUCUUUUCUUUUUUUUCUUCUGUUUUUCUUUUGAGACAAAGCGCAAAUGGAGCGUGCUGACAAAUAUCGUUAGAUUUGAUUAUCAUUAGAUGCUUGCUUUUUACACUUUUUACUGUAAAUGUGUUUAGGCAUUUUUGCUGGUUGGGAAUGGUUGGGGUAGCCUGGCCAGCCACCUCAAAUGAUUUUUCUCUUCAAUUAGUCCAUUCCAUCUGGAUUUGACUUUGAUUUCCAGGGGGCAGCACCAACAGAUGCAGAACGAAAUGCCUCUGCAUGCCACAACCAAUCAGAGUAACGACGCAUGCGAUGAGGGCGGAGUGACAACCGGACUAGUAUCUACAAAGACAUCUAAAAUGGCUGCUGUGAGGAAGUUGGAACUAACUGUUGUUGGUUUUGCAGUAAAAACUCAUUGAUCC